GACAUGGAUUUUCGCUAUUUGUGGGCAAUUUCUGAUCCUCACCCCGUCGACUCCUAAGUUCGUAACAAACUUCAUCUCCUUCCCUUUCAGAGCACAUGGAGCGAGUGCACGAGUUGGAUGACGGUGAGGCCACGCCCUUACGUUUCCUGUUCAACCUCAGCAGCAUCCCAGCGGACGAGCUGCUCUCUUCGGCCGAACUGCGCCUCUAUCGACAACAGAUAGCCGAGGCGGACGGCGAUGACAACGACAAGGCGAGCCUCCACCGGAUCAAUGUGUACGAGGUGCUGAAGGCUCCGCGGCCAGGCCAGCUCAUCACGCAGCUCCUGGACACGCGGCUGGUCCGGCACAACGCGUCGCGCUGGGAGAGCUUCGACGUCAGCCCCGCCGUGCUGCGCUGGACUCGCGAGCGCCGCCCCAACCACGGGCUGGCCGUGGAGGUCCUGCACCUGAACCAGACGCGGCGCCACCGGGGCCAGCACGUCCGCGUCAGCCGCUCGCUCCGCCAGGAGCCCGGCGAGGACUGGGAGCAGCUGCGCCCCCUCUUGGUGACGUUCGGCCACGACGGCAAAGGUCACCCGUUGACCAAGCGGACCAAGCGUAGCCCCAAGCAGCGGGGACGCAAGCGCAACCGCAACUGCCGGCGCCACGCGCUCUACGUCGACUUCAGCGACGUGGGCUGGAAUGACUGGAUAGUGGCGCCCCCUGGCUACCAGGCCUACUACUGCCAUGGGGAGUGCCCCUUCCCGCUGGCGGACCACCUCAACUCCACCAACCAU